UCCCUCCAUUUCUCUAUCUCUCACAGUUCAUUCACCAGCUCAGAGAGCGUCACAGACACACACCCGCAUACACAGCAGGCUGUAAGCGCUAGCCUCCUGAUCAGUUUAGAUCGACUCUUUCUGACGAUUUUUAGGGGACGGAUCAGGAUUCUCCACUGUUCUUCUCUAACGAAGCUGUCCUGUUCUGCUUCCAUCCUGUUUCGCUCUCUCUGCCUUUCGCUCAGAGCUUCGUUCUAAUUUUGGAAACAUGGAACCUCAGGGAGUGCUCUCCCGAAGCUAUUUACAUCCUUGCUGCUCUUCCUCCCCUUCAUACUCCUCCUCUUCUCUUCCUCUCGUCAGCCAGGAGGUGAACAGUGAGACGAUCCUUUGAUGUCACAGAACACAGAAAACUCGGCUUCUCCUUCGUCUGGGAAUUUUUUGGUUGUUCAGCUCACAGAAUUGCCCAGCAGGAUGGGGAUUACGCAGCACUAGAUGGUUUCCUUCUGUUGGGAUUUUGGACUCCAAGCAGCCACUGCAACAGAAGAAACAAUCUUCCGUUACUGAGCUGACAGGUACCUGACAAAGUGUUUCUGUUUUCUGGAGCCAGCAGAGGACUUAAGAAGAUCUAUGCAAGCUUUUUGUUUUCUCAUCUACUUGAACUCAAAUCCCUCAAUCCCAUUGGAGAGGAGACUUCCUGGAACUCACACCUACUAUGACAGAGAAGAGGAUUUUACUCAAGGUGAUGCUGGCCGGUUAGUACAACUGAAACUGAACAGCCACCGGAGCUCUCAGGAAAUUAGCAAUUUCAACUGAGACUGGAUUACACUAUGAAAACUUUUUAGAGUAUUUAUUCACACUUAACAGGCCGAUUUACAUAUAAUUGGUAUUUUUUACAAUCUGUGGCAGACAGUUCUUCCUAAGCUAUGCUGGUACCUCUAAAGAAGAGCUGACAUUUUUUCUCUUCACAAACUUAAGCAGCAGCUCUUGUCCUGGCAUGCUCUUACAUCCCACUGUGUCAGGAUUGUGCACCAUGCUGCAGACCAUCUACGAGACUGAGUCGUGUUUUUCCUCUGCCAGCACAGACAGCCACCACCAGCCUCUGGAGCUCCUGAGUGACAGCAGGGGCUCCGGUGCUGACAUGACCGCUGCUGUCUUGGAGGUGAAGAGCAGCCUCCCAUCAGGCAUGCAGAGUCCAGUUGAAGCAACAUGUGAGCAGAGAGGAGGUGGUGGUGAAGGGGUUGGCGGUGGUCCUGGAGAAGGCCCAGGUGGAGGCGGAGGCCCAGUGGACUUGAGGACAGAGCCCAGGUUGGGCUCUGUGUCUGGUGGGGGAGCAGUGGAUACAGCCCUGAGAGAGCAGCAGCUUCAGCAGGAACUCGUGCUUCUCAAACAGCAACAGGAACUCCAGAAGCAGCUGCUAUUCGCGGAGUUUCAGAAAAAACAUGAAGUGUUAACAAGGCAGCACGAAGUCCAGCUGCAAGAGCACUUAAAGCAACAACAGGAGCUGCUGGCAGCAAAGCGGCAGCAGGAGUUGGAGCACAAGAGAAAACUGGAGCAACAAAGACACGAAGAGCAGGAGAAACAGAGACUGGAGCAACAACUGUUGCUGCUGAGAAAUAAAGAGAAAGGGAAAGAGAGUGCCAUUGCCAGCACAGAGGUGAAGCUGAAGCUUCAGGAGUUUCUUCUCAGCAAGAAAGAACCUGGUCCAGGACUCAACCAUUCCUUCUCCCCAAAGUGCUGGGGAGGCCAGCACAAGUCUCUAGAGCAAAGCUCCCCCCCUCAGAGUAACACCCCUGGAACCCCUUCCUCCUACAAACUCCCCCCUCUUCUCGGAAACUACGAGGGCAAAGAUGACUUCCCACUUCGGAAGACAGUUUCAGAGCCGAACCUGAAGGUUCGAUCUAGACUCAAGCAGAAAGUGGCAGAGAGGCGCAGCUCUCCAUUGUUGCGCAGGAAGGAUGGAACUGUCAUCAGCACCUUCAAGAAAAGGGCUGUUGAGAUAUCAGUCUCCUCCGUCUGUAACAGUGCUCCAGGCUCAGGUCCCAGCAGCCCCAACAGUUCCAAUACGGCCAUCGCCAACGGCAACACGGGAUCAGUCCCCAACAUACAGACGGAGCUGAGAUCUCUCCAUCAGACACUGGGGGCUGAUGGGACAUUGAGUCCUCUUAGUCUCUACACCUCACCCUCCCUGCCCAAUAUCUCCCUAGGCCUCCCUGCCAACACACACAUCACACCACCCCAGAAACUGUCCACCCAGCAGGAAGCAGAGCGUCAGGCCAUCCAGUCCCUACGAGGGGGAGGAGCUCUAACUGGGAAGUUUCUCUCCACUUCCUCCCUGCCAGCAGGUGCGGCACAUGAUGUGGAGACUCCGCCCCCCGGCUCUCAUUCAGCCCACUCCUCGUUGUUACAACACGUCCUGUUGCUUGAGCAGGCCCGACAGCAGACUGCUAUGCUGGUGCCCAUGUACAAUCAGUCACCGCUGGUUACUGCAGAGAGAGGUGUAGCCACUGGAAUGCGGCCCGUCAACAAGCUGCCCCGCCACCGACCGUUGGCUCGCACACAGAGCGCCCCUUUACCCCAGUCACCCCAGGCGCUGCAGCAGCUGGUGGUCCAACAGCAGCACCAGCACUUCCUGGAGAAACACUAUAAGAUGCUAUCGAAGGGGGGAGACCUCCCUAGACCACCACCCACUCACCCUGAGGAGACGGAGGAGGAGCUAACAGAGACCAAUGACAUGCAGGAGGAUGAAGGCUCGGCUCCUAACAGCCUGCAGAAAGAGGGAUCAGAUGACAGCAGCCACUCAUCUGAGCGACUGGCCAGCCACCUGAAGGGAGAGGAGGAACCCAGGGUCAUCCAGGUCAAAGGCGAGAGCACGGAGAGUGAGCUAGAUGAAGAUGAAGAGGAUGAUGAUGUCAUUCAGCUAAGGGAGAGCGAGGAAGAGGAAAGGGGCAGCUACAUACAGGUUGGUGUGAAAAUGUCACUGAACACACACAUUCAUUCCAAAGUCCUUGACAUAAUUCUAUGGCAGUCUGGAAUAUUCUGGAGAAGUCUGAAAUUGGCUUAGAAUUUUUACAGGUGAAG